CUUAGUAGUAUCUAGCUAUUUACACGCAUUUGAGAAAAAAAACUCCAUUAGAAGUGAGUGUGGUGACUGUAGAAAUGGAGAUAGAAGAAAUAGGAAGCUUUCCUCCAUUGCCACUUCUAUCAUUAAAUCACAUUUCGUUGUUGUGCAGAUCCCUGAAUGCUUCAGUCCGAUUUUACGAAGAGAUCUUGGGUUUCAUUAUGAUCAAACGCCCAUCAUCUUUCGGCUUUGACGGAGCUUGGUUGUUCAACUAUGGGGUUGGAAUACACUUGCUAAAGAACAGUUCCAUCGGGCCUUCUGAUUUCUUAAGAGAAUCACGACCCCUUAAUCCAAAGGAUAACCAUAUCUCUUUCCAAUGCACUGAUAUUGGACUCGUGAAGAGGAGACUGGAAGAAAUGGGAAUCGGGCAUGCGAAGGCAACAGUAGAGGAUAGUGGGAUAAGGGUUGAUCAAGUGUUUUUCCACGACCCGGAUGGUUAUAUGAUCGAAAUAUGCAAUUGCGAGAAUCUUCCUGUUCUCCCGCUCUCUUCUUCCACCUCUUUCAAGGACGUAGCUAAGACAAUUGCAUGCAAAAAUGUUGGGGGAAUUCCGUGUGGGUUAUUGGUGGAGAGUAUGAUGAUGGAGAGCUUGAGCGUGGAAAUGCUUAAUAUGUCAUUCUAAAAAUUCUAAAUCUAUGCCAGAGUUUCUAAGUAUGCACUAAUUACUUUCAUGUUUCAUUAGCUGAAAUAAUGUGCGUCUGGAGUUUGGUUGAACGUGGUUUAUCUUUCACUUCAUUUGGUAAAUAAAAAGGUCCGAGUGAAAUUCCAACUUGAUGACCAUUUGGGUUA